AGCUUGUCUUCCUUCUCCCUCAACACCCAACCUUUCUUCUCCUGCACCUACAGAGUAACCUUGCUCUCCCUCCCCGUUCUCUUCUAUCACGGAUACCAGCAUCACAGCAAGGACACCCUUACCCUAGCCAGUCACACAUUCAUCAUGCCGGGUGGAGCGGUCCGUUCGCUGUCCACGACCAACGAUGUUAACCGCAUCGAGGCGCCGGUCACCUGGAAAGCAUACCUGAUCUGCGCCUUUGCGUCCUUCGGUGGUAUUUUCUUUGGCUACGAUUCUGGUUACAUCAACGGCGCGACGUCCAACCCCGAAUUCAUUCACUUCAUCGAGGGUCCUGGUAAAGAUGCUUUGACCUCCUCUCACUCGUCUCUCAUCGUGUCCAUCUUGUCCUGUGGUACUUUCUUCGGCGCUCUCAUCGCUGGUGAUGUUGCCGACAUCAUUGGUCGCAAAUGGACUGUCAUUAUUGGUUGUGUGAUCUACGCUAUUGGUGUUUGCAUUCAAAUGGGCACUGGUCCUGGCCACGCUCUCGGUCUGAUCGUCGCUGGCCGUCUUGUGGCUGGUUUCGGUGUCGGCUUCGAGAGUGCCGUUGUCAUUCUGUACAUGUCUGAAAUCUGCCCCAGAAAGGUCCGUGGUGCAUUGGUCGCGGGAUACCAAUUCUGCAUUACGAUUGGUAUCCUGUUGGCUUCCUGCGUUGUCUAUGCAGUCCGCAAUCGAAAGGACACCGGUGCCUAUCGCAUUCCCAUUGCCAUCCAAUUCGCUUGGGCCCUCAUCCUCGGUAUCGGUCUGGCCUUCCUCCCAGAUUCGCCCCGAUACUUCGUCAAGCGAGGCAAACUCGAGAAGGCCAUCGCAUCGCUCUCCCGCCUUCGUGGCCAGCCUCCCGAGUCAGAGUACAUCCAGGUCGAAGUUGCUGAGAUCAUUGCCAACGAUGAGUAUGAGAGACAGAUGAUUCCUGCCACUGGCUGGUUUGGCAGCUGGUUCAACUGCUUCAAGGGUGGCCUCCGACACCAGAAGUCCAACCUGCGCCGAACCAUCCUCGGUACUUCUCUUCAGAUGAUGCAGCAGUGGACCGGUAUCAACUUCAUCUUCUACUACUCGACUCCCUUCUUGAAGUCGACCGGUGCCAUCUCCAACUCCUUCUUGAUCUCCCUGAUCUUCAACUGUGUGAACGUCGGAUCAACCCCUCUCUCCUUCUACACUGUUGAGAAGUUCGGUCGUCGCCCACUCCUGAUCUGGGGUGCUCUGGGUAUGCUCAUUUGCGAGUUCCUCGUCGGUAUCAUCGGUGUCACCGUGGGAUUCAACAAGACUCACAUUGAUGCGGCUGGAAACAGCAUUGCCAACAACAUUCCUGCUGUUAAUGCGCAGAUCGCGUUUAUCGCCAUCUACAUCUUCUUCUUCGCCUCCACCUGGGGUCCUGGUGCCUGGAUCGUCAUUGGCGAGAUCUUCCCUCUUCCCAUCCGAUCCCGCGGUGUCGGUCUCUCCACCGCUUCCAACUGGUUGUGGAAUACCAUCAUUGCUGUUAUCACUCCUUACAUGGUCGGUGAAGACAAGGGCAACCUUCGUUCAUCCGUUUUCUUCAUCUGGGGUGGUCUCUGCACUGCUGCCUUUGUCUACGCAUACCUCCUCAUCCCCGAGACCAAGGGUCUAUCAUUGGAACAGGUUGACAAGAUGAUGGAAGAAUCUACUCCACGCACAUCCGCCAAGUGGCGACCCACCAAGACCUUUGCCGAGACUAUGGGUAGCCAGGGCGGUGUUCUCAACAAAGAACUUGUCCAGGAUGCCGAGCGCAAGGGAUCGGUCUUUUAGAGGAGAUAUGACCCACUUGUUCUUCUUUCGAGACAAGCCAGAGAAGCAAGAGAAGCACGUAAAGAGAGGCCUUGAAAACAUCCAUAUCCCACUACUGAGCCAAGAUAUGGUCUGGCGCAGGUCGUUUUCCUAGUGCUCCUAUGGCUGUCGAGCCUUGAUCUGCAUUUGACCAUGAUUAUUAUCAACGUACGGAUAUGCCUUGAAACAACCACAAGAGGACACACGGGCCCCUCUCGGGCUGGCAGACAGAUAUCAGCAGGGUGAAGAAGGCGACAGCUGGUGUUAGCGAGAAGUAGUAAUUAUCUGCAUGCAUUCUUGCAUCUGCAUAGCAUGCAUCAUGGCAGCAUAAAGGAAACAAAUGUAUCCAAGAAAGAUUCCUUUCUCAUAAUUUGAUAAGUC